AAUGGACUUUAUUCAUAAUUGUAAAAGCAAAUUAAAUAAAAGACUUACUAAAUUAAACCUUCAUACAAUCAUACUGCUGAUAGUUAAGUACUGCUGCUGUUUCUGUUUCUGUUUGUACUAGAAAUAAAGAACACAAAUUAAAGAUUCACUGAAAAGAUUAACAUCGAUUGAUACGAUCAAGAGAGAAGAAAUGAAGUGGCGAAAGGAGAUGCUAGAUGUGAUAUUGGUACCAGCAGGGCUGUUGAUGAUGUUUGGAUACCAUAUAUUCCUUAUAUACAGAUACCUCAGAAAUUCGAAGUGUACUGUUGUUGGCUUUCAUAAUCACUGUCAAAAAAUAUGGGUUAAGAAACUUAUGCAGGUUGAUGCAAUGAGUAGAGGUCCAGCUUUUACAGUAAUGAACAGCACGAUAGUAGCAUCGAAUUUCAUGGCAUCUACCUCUUUAACCCUGAGUUCUUUGAUUGGCGCAUGGAUCGGAAGCUCCUCAAGCAGUGAAAUAAUCAAGAGAAUAAUCUAUGGAGAUGCAGGAGUACCAAUCACUUCUAUCAAAUACAUCAGCAUCCUCUUGUUUUUCUUGCUUGCUUUUGCGUCUUUUGUCCAAUCUUCGAGGUGUUACGUGCAGGCUAAUCUCUUCUUGAGUAUGCCAAAGGCAGGGGUCCCUGAAGAAUUCAUUGUUGAGUCCUUAUAUCAUGGUGCAAAUUUCUGGCAGGUGGGUUUGAGGGCGAUUUAUUUUGCUAUAACAAUGUUGAUGUGGAUAUUUGGUCCGAUUCCUAUGUUUCUUUCCUCAGUUGCAAUGGUGGCGGUUUUGUAUGUUCUUGAUGUUAAUAAGAAGAUACUGGAUGAGUUUAAUGAGUCAAGUGAAAAAGAAGAAGAGAGAAAUAAAGCUGUGCCUAAGUGUUUUAAGCAGCAGGAAAUUAUGGUUGACGGUAGUUCUGAACUUCAAGCUACUGCUCUUACCACAGCGCUGAUGUCUACUACUGUUGCAUUCUAAUUGAAAUAAUCGUUUCUACCUUGG